UUAUAGAAACAACCAUAGCUAGAGCUACAUUGAUAUACAGAGUUAAGACACUUCUAAAUUCUCCCCAACACAAAACACACUUGGUGUGAAAGAAGUGGUGGUGGGUUUUUCAUGUUGUGAAAGCUUGGGACAAGAUUGGUGAUGGCUUCAACCAUUAAUAUUUACUCAAAAAGACAAAAAUUUGCUGUCAUUGUGAUGCUUAUCUAUUCUCUCACAUUCCUUCCAUCUAUAUCAGGAAGAAGUGAAGAAAAGAAGCAAAUGAGAAUGGUGAUGUUGGGAUCAAGUCCACCAAAGUGUGGCAAUAGGUGCAAGGGUUGCAGACCUUGCACGGCUGCACUUGUCAUUCCUCCACAUAGCAAAGGGUUAAAGACAUUAUCAACUAGAGAAGAUGAAGGCUAUUAUCUCCUCUCAUGGAAAUGCAGAUGUGGAACAAAGUAUUAUCAACCUUGAAAUGCCAUCUUAUAAUUAUUUUUUCCCUCUUCUAACUUAAAAUAGAAUGUAAACUGGUAAACAAUCUCUUGGUUCCUUAAUGCAUUUUAUGCACGACUGCUGAGUAAUUUAAUUUCUUGACAUAAAUAUAUUUC